UGGAUUCUGUCCUGAAGCCUCUGACGAUUUAACUCACUGCUUGCUUCCCGGAAACACGGAGAGCAGAAGAGUGAAUGGCAAGCGACGCUACGCCACCAUCCAUUGAUCAAAUGUCCGCCACAAUCCUAGACGACGGUGGUCCCGACUCAUCGGAAUUGUGGGCGCAAUUCUCGGAUCGCGUCCUGAUAAGGUCCAUCGUCUGCCGCUCAGAUGGUGGCGCUGGCCUUGCCGGCCAGAAAAUCAGGGUGGGUGGCUGGGUGAAGACCGGCCGGGAGCAAGGCAAGGGCAGCUUCGCCUUUCUUGAGCUCAAUGACGGCUCUUGCCCCACCAACCUCCAGGUUAUCGUGGACAAGGAUGUUUCCUCUCUCGAACAACUUGUCCAUACCGGUACCUGCAUAUAUGUACAAGGGGAACUCAAGAAACCUCCUGAAGGGACGAAGCAGAAGGUGGAGCUUAGGGUUGAGAAGGUCAUCGAUGUUGGCCCUGUUGAUCCUGCCAAGUACCCCUUACCCAAGACUAAGCUCACCCUUGAGUUCCUCAGAGACUUCGUGCAUCUUCGACCCAGAACCAAUACGAUAUCUGCAGUCGCCCGAAUCAGAAAUGCUUUGGCUUAUGCAACUCACACAUUUUUUCAGAAGCAUGGCUUCUUUUAUGUGCAUACUCCUAUCAUUACCACUAGUGAUUGUGAGGGUGCAGGUGAAAUGUUCCAGGUCACAACAAUGUUUAGUGAUUCAGAAAAGUUGGAGAAGGAAUUGAAGCAGAACCCCCCACCGUCUGAAUCUGAAAUAGAAGCUGCUAAGCUUCUCGUCAAGGAGAAAGGAGAUAUUGUCUCACAACUAAAAUCUGCUAAAGCAAGCAAGGAAGAGAUCAGCUCUGCGGUGUCUGAGCUAACAAGAGCAAAGGAAAGUCUUGCAAGGCUGGAAGAGAGGUCUAGGCUCAAAUCUGGUCUUCCACAGAAGGAUGGGAAAAUUGAUUACUCCCGUGAUUUUUUUACUCGUCAAGCAUUUCUUACUGUGUCAGGCCAACUCCAGAUCGAGGGUUUUGCUUGUGCCCUUAGCAGCGUUUAUACAUUUGGACCAACAUUCCGAGCUGAGCACUCGCAUACAUCAAGGCAUCUGGCGGAAUUUUGGAUGGUGGAGCCUGAAAUAGCAUUUGCAGACUUAAAGGAUAACAUGAACUGUGCAGAGGCAUAUGUGAAAUUUCUAUGUCAAUGGUUACUUGACAACUGCCUGGAUGAUAUGGAAUUUAUGGUCAAGAAUUUUGAUAAAACUGCCAUAGAUCGCCUCAAAAUGGUUGCUUCAACCCCCUUUGAGCGUAUUUCUUACACAGAAGCAGUGCAGCUCCUAGAGAAUGUUACAGAUAAAAAGUUUGAGAAUAAGGUGGAAUGGGGAAUAGAUUUAGCAUCUGAGCAUGAAAGAUAUUUGACAGAGGUUAUUUUUAAAAAGCCUGUUAUUGUUUAUAACUAUCCAAAAGAAAUUAAAGCAUUUUACAUGAGGCUCAAUAAUGAUAUGAAGACAGUGGCUGCAAUGGAUGUCCUUGUACCCAAGGUGGGAGAGUUGGUUGGUGGAAGCCAAAGGGAAGAGCGCUAUGAGGUCAUUGAGAAAAGGAUACUGGAUAUGGGGCUACCUCUUGAGCCAUAUGAGUGGUACCUUGAUCUGCGGCGCUAUGGGACUGUCAAACACUGUGGAUUUGGUUUGGGCUUUGAGCGCAUGGUGCUCUUUGCUACAGGCAUUGAUAAUAUAAGAGAUGUGAUUCCCUUCCCCAGAUAUCCAGGAAGGGCAGAUCUUUGAGAUCUAUGAUGGAUGUUAGAGACAUUUCAGUUCCAGGUUUGUGAUUGUGAAACAUAUUAACUCAGUUAUUUAACGCAUCUAGUAUUGUUUUGUAUUUAACAAAUUUUAAUAGUUUUGAGAUAAUUUAUUCCAGAUGACACUGAUGCCUCUUAAUAUUUCUCUGUAGUCAAUUAAUGUGUCAUUCCUGCCAAUCCAA